UGUUCCGUGUGUGUUUGUGAUUUUGAAAAAAAUGAAAGGUCCUAUUGUUGUUCCUCAGACAUUUCAAAGACUUGUCCAAAACUACAUCGGUACAAUGAUGUACCUGUGAAGCUCUGUAUUCCAGCAGUAUUUUUCCUUGUACAUUGUAGCUCAAUUCUCAUACCUGCACUUUGCUACUAGUACUGUACAAAAAUACCGUUUUUGAAGACAACCUCAUCUCUUGAUUCUUGAAUUGGAGACAAGGGGCAAUGACGACGGUCUUCGUAACUGUUGGAACGACCAGUUUCAAUGAACUGGUUGAAGCUGCAUCUUCCAAGUCAUUUCGUGGGCUCCUGUAUGCGAAAGGAUAUAGGAAAUUAAUCCUUCAAAUUGGUCGUGGUGAACUCACACCCCAGGAGGAUGCCAGCUCCGGAGAAGUUGCCUUAUCAUACUAUCGCUAUAAAGACACUCUGGCAGAUGACAUACGUCAAGCAGACCUGGUUAUCAGCCAUGCAGGGGCAGGUUGUAUCCUAGAAACACUCGAUGCCGAGAAGCCACUCGUGGUGGUUGUCAACGAGACUCUAAUGGGGAACCAUCAGCUGGAGCUGGCUCGUCAGCUGCACCGCGAUGGCCACAUCCAGUACUGCGUACCCAGGGAUCUCUCCGCGGUUGUGGACGCGCUCGACCCUGCUUCGCUGCGCCUGCUCCCGCACGGCCAGCCACGUCUGUUCGGCGAGUGGCUGACCAAGACGGCCAAUGAGCCUAGCGAUUACCAAAGCGGUGUUGUCAAAGUGCGGCGAGUCCUCUUCGCAGUUAUCGUAGCGAUAGUAGCAUUGCUAUUGUAUGCAUUUAGAUAAGGCUAGUAAUAUCAGUAUAGUAACUUCUAUUCUCAAUGUGUGUGUUUAUUAUUGCACUGCAAUGGUGUACUUUGGUGCUGGGCACUACUUAGUAGAGUGGCCAGGAUGCAUUGCAUUCACGAACCACACCUUGAUCCUCUCCCGGUCAGCGGCUGGUACCGCUCUCCUCCAAUUUCUCAGUGAAAGAAACGAAAAUUCUCUUGA